UUUCGCGGUGUGUUUCUGACGACUUCCGGCGGCUCCUCUCGCGGGGGUUGGCUGUUGGCGGCGUUGUGGCUAAGCUCGUGUGAGGUGGUAGUGUCGGCGGCAGCUGCAGCGAAAGAGUUUGGCACGAUGUCUCACACCAUUUUACUGGUACAGCCUACCAAGAGGCCAGAAGGCAGAACUUAUGCUGACUAUGAAUCAGUGAAUGAAUGCAUGGAAGGUGUUUGUAAAAUGUAUGAAGAACAUCUGAAGAGAAUGAAUCCCAACAGCCCCUCUAUCACAUAUGAUAUCAGCCAGUUGUUUGACUUUAUUGAUGACCUGGCAGACCUCAGCUGUCUCGUUUACCGAGCUGAUACCCAGACAUACCAGCCCUAUAACAAAGACUGGAUUAAAGAGAAGAUCUAUGUGCUCCUUCGUCGGCAGGCCCAACAGGCCGGGAAAUAGUUAGUUGUGCUGGGAGAAUUAGGGUUUGGGGUGGGCUUGGAACACAGGUGUGUACAGCAAUCUGUAGUGGAAGUUUUGUACUAUAGUAAUCCUGUUUCCAUUUUGGUACACUCUAGUCAGGAUUGAAUGUGUUAGAUGAAAUGUGAGGAUCUUGUUCAACCUGAAACUCCCAUCACCUAUUUUUUUUUUCUUUUUUUUUUUUCUUUUUUUUUUACUUAAACAUUGUUAUGAUGAUUUUGAAGGGUUUUACUUUGUCAGUUAAUGUUCAUAUCUGCUUUGUAACAUUCACUGUACUAACCCUUCUUCAAGUUGGGGUGGAGGGUGGUGACACAAUUUAGUUAUGUCCUAAGAUAAAGUCUUAGUACAAAAUGAAUAAAUGUUCUUUAGUUAUACUUUU